UCUAAGGGGCGUCUGCCCGUGGCGGUGCGGAAGUGGCGCGGGAGCCGGCGGAAGGGGCCCUUCCCUUCCUGCCGCAUUCCGAGACCUUCCUGCCGCAUUCCGGGCCUUUCCUGCCGCAUUCCGGGCCUUUCCUGCCGCAUCCUGAGUCCUUCCGCCGCAUCCCGGGCGCUUCCUGUGGCGUCCCUACAUCCGGCGGACAGAACGAGGCUCAGCUGCCAGAGCUGGUCUCCGCUGCCGGCCCUGCUCGGUGCUGCCCGCGGGCCCGCCCCGCGUGCCUCCACCCAGGCUUGGCGUAAAAGGAUACAUGUUCACUUCAAGUAGAAAGGAGGAUGUUCCCAAAUUCUUCCAACUUGGGUCGUCCACCCUUCCCUUCAAAGCAUCAGCAACAGAGUAAUUUCUUCAAUGUACUUCCCAUAAAUAUACCUCCUACUCUUCUUUCUCACCAGCAAACUGUUGUUCCUCCGUUGAAUUUUCGCGCUGCAGUUCUUUCUAGAGCUCUUUUGAGUGGGAACCUUGCAGCUACUCCAGCUGUUACUUCAACUGCUACACUGCAACCAAUGACUUAUGGAAAUGUCAGUCCAGUGUCUACAUCAGGUGCCCUCACAUCGUUUCAAGGAAGAAAGAGGCAUAAGGAACAAAGUGUUUCACAUAAUGUCAAACGGCAGCGGAUUGAUUCAAAGAAUUCUGACACAACUGUAGUUAACCAAGCCGUGCCUUUACCAGAAGAACGUCAGCACUCCUUCCCAGGACCAGUUUCAAUUCAGUCUCCAUCGUUCCUCGCUCGUGGCUCACCAGCUUUAGCUAGAUGUGUCCCUCCGUUGCGAGAUACUUUGUUUCCAGACCCUACAGAAGCCAGGCUCCCUCUGGCCAAAGAUGAGUUAAGUCAACAGGUUUUGGACUUGUUUCAAGCAUGUCGACAACAGGCCUCUGAUUUGAACAGCAAAGAGCUCUGCAGAACAGAACUCCAGAGAGAAAUUCAGCUAAUUUUUCCACAGAGCAGACUUUAUUUGGUUGGAUCCUCUCUGAAUGGAUUUGGCACUCGUAGUAGUGAUGGGGAUUUGUGCCUGGUGGUUAAAGAAGAACCAGUGAAUCAGAAGACUGAAGCGAGACGUAUACUCAGCUCAGUUCAAAAACUCUUCAGUACUAAACUUUCAAGCUACAUUGAGCGACCUCAGCUGAUUAGAGCAAAAGUGCCAAUAGUGAAAUUCAGGGAUAAAGUCAGUAGCUAUGUGGAGUUCGACUUGAAUGUAAACAAUGUUGUAGGGAUAAGAAAUACAUUCCUUCUGAGAACCUAUGCAUUCAUUGAGAAUCGAGUUCGUCCAUUAGUACUGGUUAUUAAGAAGUGGGCAAGUUUUCAUGAGAUAAAUGAUGCCAGUCGUGGUACUUUAAGCAGCUACAGUCUUGUGCUGAUGGUUUUGCACUAUUUACAGACCCUACCUGAACCCAUCCUUCCAUCCCUCCAGAAAAAUUACCCAGAAUGUUUUGAUCCUACUAUGCAGUUGCAUCUUGUUCAUCAAGCUCCAUGUACCAUUCCUCCUUACAUCUCAAAAAAUGGAUCAAGCCUUGGAGAUUUGCUAAUAGGCUUCUUCAAAUAUUAUGCCACAGAAUUUGAUUGGAGCCAUCAAAUGAUUUCAGUUCGUGAAGCCAAAGCUAUUCCAAGACCUGAUGGUAUUGAAUGGAGAAACAAAUUUAUUUGUGUAGAAGAACCAUUUGAUGGGACAAAUACUGCUAGAGCUGUACAUGAGAAACAGAAGUUUGAUAUGAUCAGAGGUGAAUUUGCACAGGCUUGGCGGGUAUUACGAGAUAAGAAAGACCUGAAAUGUAUAUUACCUUUAAGAGCAGACGAACUGAAAAGAUAACCAACUUCUUUCACUUUCUUUUUUUUUUUUUUUUGAUCCUGCUGAAACAAAGAACAGUAUCAAAAUCAGGAGGCAUCUACCCCAUGGCUCUUUACAACCUGUUUUUCUCUAUAAACUUUUGUUAAGAAAAUUGUUUAUUAUAAGGAUGUGACAUAUUUUAUUACUGACAUUUGUUAAUACCGCUGUUCAUUCAAAGAUAUGUUUUCUGAAAAUGCUUGUAUUGCUGGCUUCUAGAAGAAACUCACAGCAAACAACAAGAAUAAAUCUAUUUCAGGGAAAGUAUGGGGAUAUACUGACUUGUUGUUUGCAUAAUCUGUGUAGCCAUUAAUUCAGACAGAUUUAACAAUGAAACACUAGACAUUCAAAGUUAAUCAGUGUGCAAAUCUGACUCCAUCCUUAAGGCACUGUGCACAGUACCCACUUCUUGGUGAACAGAGAACCCAUGCUUUACAUCUGCUUAAUUUUAGUAAGCACUUUGGUUCAACUUGGCACUUUCCAGUUUUAUUUCACUUGGAAUAGCAAGUGACUGUUUAUGAAAAUGAAGCUAGAUUAUGAUUGGUAGUGUUCUGGAUAUUAAGAACUGUAAUCUAAACUGGAAUUUUCCAGCAACAUUUCUACUAUGAAGAAGAUGAAAUAAAAAAGCUCAAUUCAAUAUACAUAAAUGCUUCAUAUUCACACAGAGUAGGCAAAAAAAAAUUUUGUGCUUCCUUUUACAUAUUUGAAGUAGUAGUGCUGCCUGCUUUGGAGAAAAAGAAAAAGACCAAAUCAAAACACCUCUCAACCCUACCAAUGCUACAAUAAGCUGGACUUCUCAUUUGAUUUUGUGUAAAUAUUUGUAAAUUGGUAGCCAUUGUAAAAUGAAUUUAAAUAAGUAAUAUUGAAAAUUUGAGCUCUUCCAAAAAAAUUGCACACCCUCUCUUAGACCUCCUGUAGCACAAUUUCUGCCUCUCAUGUAUUUGCUAUUGAAGACCAAUUAGUUGUUAAAACUAUACUUUCAAGUUCUAGUUUAUUUCAAAGUUCUAGGAACUGUAAACUAUUUGCCUGAUGUGUGAUUACUUCCUGCACACUUCAUCACAGUCUAGUCUCUAUAGGAUUUGGCUUGCUUUUUAAAACACUUCCUUCUGUAAUUUGAACAGUCUUUCACUUUUAAUCUGACUCUAUCAGACCACUGAAACAUUUUCCCUCCAUGUGGAUGUUCCCUCUCUCAGCCCUUCCUCUAAAGGAUGGUAGACUUGCAUCUCAGUGAAACAUUCACUCUGAUCUGCUUUAUGUAAAAUUGAAGCACAAGAUUUUAGGACAGGCUGAUAUCUGGAAUCAAAGAUGCUCUACAAGCCCUAGGUGGACUUUGGGGAAAGGGGAGGGCUGCUUCUUGUUUUAAAAAUAUGUUGGCUGUAUCUUUGUCUAGAAAAUUUAAAACUGUCCCAACGUAGGAUAAGCAAGAAGGGACAUACAUGUUCAAACUUGGCAAAAAUGUAUUUUAAGUGGGCUGGAUGUCAGGCACAAAAUUUUGUGUUUCUUACAAGUUUCCGUUGCAUUGCCUAAUGUGUCAACAUUUCUUACACCUUAAAUUAAUGCUCUGUGUUUGAAACCACUUCCCUCUAACUGUUUUUAAAAAGUUAGUUAAAAAAAUUGUAAUACCUACAUGCAACUCUGUAAAAAUUUACAAGUCAAGGUCUGUAACCACAAUGGUCUGUGUCUUUCAAAAGAAAUCUUUUGUGUUUUUCUCUGAAGUUGAUGUACUUCUGAUAAGCUACAUCUGUAAUCAGAAAUAUAAACUCUAGAUGGUUGAUUUCCCUAGUUGUUUGAGGAAAAGCCUGUUUAUAGCAUAUUUGUUAAAUGGUGGCUGCAACUUUUUUCUGAAAACUUCUAAUAUAAUACCACAAAAUAAAUGGUUUGGGGAGAGUGGGUAGGAACUGAACUUUAACUUUGAUUCAGUUCUGCUUAGUCUGAAGUUGUUCAGAGGUUUAAUGACCUGGAUUUUCAUCUACUCUGGGCAAAUAUCCGGAGGGAGAAAUUGGGUAAUAGCUAUCAUAAAUUUUAGUGUUAGUGUGAAGUUUUUCCUUCUCCUCAGCUUCAAAAUAAAAACCUUCACCCACUUAUCUCUUGGCAUACACCCUAGCAGGAAUAUUUUUUUCUGAGAAAUCUUUGGUAAAAGGUGUUUUUCAUGGCUGACCAAGGUUUCACUGUGUGUGCAAGAUGCUGUCUUUGAGGUUUGUAACUGCCUCAAAAUAAAAAUGCUUUAGUUCAACUCUUUGUUAUUUUAGGACUGUUCUUUUCUACUCAUUUUGGCAUUGGGUUUGCUUGUCUUUUCUCACCUUAUAUGUCAGAAACCACUAGUGUCUUCUGUAGGAAUUUAAGAACUCUCUUCAGUCCUCCAGGAGUACUUUUAAUGAACAGGCUCAGAGGUGCAUGGGAGGACCAAACGUUAACAAGAGCUUCCAUUUUGGUGACAGAAAUGCAGAACUGGCAUAGGCUGUAAACUGUGAAACUUAAAAGUUUCUCUUCUAGCUCUUGUUCUCACUUUUCUUAAAAUGUGAAUGUGUAAGUGUACUCUCAGUACCUUAAGGUAUUCUGGCAGUAUAAGGGUUUAUUUUUUUUGAAAAAAGAAAUCAAUAUAAAUAAAUUUUAAGACUCACAUUAUGGGGUGACAUGAUAAUUUGGGAGAAAUGGGCAGCCAUAAUAAAAGGAUGUAAGGUGAUUUGUAGAAAAUCUAAAGUUAGUAUUUGUGAAUAACAUCCCAAGUGCUUCUUUGGAACCAGUGUUUUCCUUAUACUUGGGUCAUUGGACUGAAUUCACAGUAUAUUUGGUGUUAAAUUUAAGUCUAUCAGUGAAUGUCACUCUUGGUUUAUUGGACUCUACUUGCACUGGGUUGUCUUGUAUUUUGUAGGGGGUUUUUUGUUUGUGUUGUUCUCUGUAAUUAAUCCUUGUGUAUUCUGAUAUAAAUCUUUCCUUCAUUGAUUUUACAGAGUAUGUUGCUUGUAGGAAAAGCUUGAAAAAAUACACUAUUUUUGGUCAAUUUACAGGACAAAUUAACUUGUGAGAAGUACAGAAGGGAGAGCACUAGGUCUGGAGAUAAUUUGAAGGGGUUCUGGUAAAAGAGUACUCACCUUUCUUUUACUGUGCUGAAGACUGAAUCAAAACUUGUGCUUAAUAUAUAAGCAUUUCUAGAAAAUUUGUAAUGCUUUUGCCUUCCACUUGUAAAGAAUGUGAAGUACUCUACCUUAAAUUUCAUUGUGCUGUGUACACUGUGCUCAUGAUAAAAUGUAGUGUUUAAUUUAGUUUAAUAUUCAUUUCAAAUACACUUUUCAAAAAA